AUGGCUUCUUCGGCUUGCAAAGCUCUGCUGAGCGUUGUGGCAUUCCUGCCUCUCGCACUUGCGAGCAUCACUUCUAACGGCUUCUCGGUGACGCUUGGCGACGUGCACUAUUUCGUGUCCCCAUACGUUGCUGGAAAUAUUUCGGUAGCAGCAGAGAGCCUCUCAUCGGUCGAGUCAGUGCAUGGCUUCUACCCUGUCACGGUCAUUCAGCAAGGAGUCAGUGCUGAAGAGAUUCCGACAGUCUUGUCGAACUUCAGCCAAAUAGACGACGUCUACUCCGAAGCAUUCUCCGAGACGGUGUUGUUCCCUGAAGCAGAAACGUCUCAGGUAAAUGAAUACAACUGCCUCUCUCUAGAUGAUGCGAGUGUCCCAUCUGGACCAUACUUUUUGGAAGCCUCGACCGGAAAUCUCUAUCAGACGUAUCGCCUGUACUCUGACUGGGCAGGUGCCUUCAUCAGCUCGCUGCUUCAGGAUCCCGAAGGCUCCUUUCAGCCCCUCUCCGCUCAGAUACCAGGCGCCAAUGCUCUAACCAUUGGUGUGCCGUCCAGGCUUUACUAUACCAGAACUCCAGAGAAACCAUUGGCAGGUGUCCGCAUCGGUGUCAAGGACAUUUUCGACCUUAAAGGAGUCAAGACCAGCUGCGGUAACAGAGCAUACUACAGCUUGUACCCUCCGGCGGAUGCAACUGCUCUUUCCAUGCAACGACUCAUUGAUGCGGGAGCGAUCAUGGUAGGCAAGCAGUUGACAAGUCAGUUCGCUAAUGGAGAAUCGGCUACCGCGGACUGGGUGGACUAUCACUCGCCCUUCAAUCCCAGAGGCGAUGGAUACCAGCAGACCUCGUCCUCGUCAGCCGGUGCCGGGUCUUCCAUGGGCAGCUAUUCGUGGCUAGACAUCGCCAUAGGUUCUGACACCGGAGGAUCGAUUCGCGGACCAAGUGGAGCGCAAGGACUCUUCGGCAACCGGCCAUCUCAUGGUCUGGUCGAUCUGUCCACAAAUGUCAUGCCCCUUGCAACCGCUCUCGACACAGUCGGGUUUCUGAUGAGAGACCCGUAUCUGUGGGACGUGGCACAGUCGGUCAUGUAUGCUGAAAACUACAAACAGUCCAGCACAACAAGCUACCCGAAAAAAAUCCAGGUUGUGGCUGGCUAUCCGACCAAUGAGUCCGAGAGUACAUCGGCUGAGCUCCUGGUGGGCUUCUUGGACAGCCUUGCAGAGGUUACGGGGGCUGCCAUUGAAGACUUCAAUAUUACAGAGGCCUGGGCCGACAGUCAUCCCGCCGAUACACCGGAGAGCCUCAGGGACUUUGCCAACCUGACAUAUGCGAUCAUCGUUGCGAAAGAUCAGACAAAUUUGGUGCGAGAUCGCUUCUAUGCCGACUAUGCGGCCGUCCACGACGGGCGAACGCCCCACGUGAAUCCAUCGCCGCUGACCCGUUGGAUAUGGGCUGAUACACAGGACGAUAGCCAGAUGGAAGAAGCUCUUGCCAACAAGACCCUUUUCAUGGACUGGUUCAACAGCGCGAUCAUGCCCGCUACCGGCGACGAUGCGUGCUCCGAGUCACUCAUGAUCUACGUUGGAAGCCAGGGCGGUGAUGGCAACCUAACACCUCGUGACACGUAUGGGAGUGCGCCUGGUGUACCUUUCGGCUUCAGCACUGGCCGCAUCUCAGUCUUUGCCGAAAUUCCCGAUUUCGUCUAUCCCUUGGGCGAGAGUACCUUCUUUUCCAACGCAUCGAAUCAUAUUGAGUCCUUGCCAGUGGCAGUCAAUAUCAUGGCUGCGAAAGGGUGCGAUGGCAUGCUGACCAAGCUAGCACUUGACUUGGUCGAGGCAGGAAUCGUCCCGAUUCCAGAGGCAGGCCAGACAUUAUCCGGUGGAGACGUGCUUCUGAGAAGAGCCGCUGAUAAUUGA